CUUAUUUGGGUGGAAGAAAAAGAAAUUGCGCAUAUUAAGUAUACAGAAUAAAAAGAGAUCCAUGCUAUAUUGGAAAUUAUGUGACAAAACCGACUCAUACACCUUUCCGUUUAUAUACCGGUUAAUAGAUGAGUCGUACAAAGAUGAGGUAUAUGCAUCUUUUCAAUAGCAUACAUCAAAAUAAUCAUGUAGUUUUAACCGUAUACAGGAUACUAAAUUGAAGACGCAAGGUCAGCUUCAUUUCCAAAAUAUCAGCCAAAGAAGGUUGCUUAUCUUUUCUCCUUGUUAAAUUUUUUUUUUAAGAUUUAACGUAAAAGACAUCAAACGAAUGAAUGAUUCGUUUUUCGAAAUAUCUUUGCUUUAUUUAUUCACUACCCAUUUCCCUACAAAUUCCAAUGCUCAGUACUGUCACUCGUCGAGUAACAGAAAGUCAUGAAGUACGAGACUGCAGUAACUGUAUAAAAGCAGUUGAAAACAUAAAAAAGUGCAACAACGCUUAGAAAGAACAUAAAAGUCAAAAACAAAGUGAAUGUUAAAAAAAGUUAUAGAAAGCCUACAGCAUCCCGGAUUCCCAUGUUGUCUCCAACCAUAGUACUAACGAGACCCUCAGACGCUUAACUGCAGUGAUCGGACGGGAACUGGUGUUUUCGCCUAGGUGUGGCCGUAGACAGCUGUAAUAACUGUUAAUAUAAUAAGAAUUUAUUUAAACUGUUCCUAGUGCACUGUCUGGUUGUACCAUUAUAAGAAAAGCCUCCAGAGGAACUGCUUGAUACAAUCAGAGCGCGUUUGGUUAAUUACUUCGUAACCAAGAAAUCAGUACUAACACUCGCAGAAAUACGUUUUCAUGUGCUGUUUCAUUUUAUGGAAUUCAGCAGACAACAUGCAACCUACAGUUCAUUAGGGAGGCAGAUGUAAACAAAAGACGCAGAAACAAACAUUCAUUGAAACCCCUAAAGGUAUGAAAACAGACAAUCUUCGUAAACUAAUUUUAUUUUUGCAUAUCGCUAUAUAACGGUGUUGAUAAUUAAGGAUGAUAAUAUUUUACGUUAAGUUAAUUAAAGAUUUUGAACGAAUCGGUAAACCAAAAAAAGGCCUUCCCUUUACCAAACUGUGGAUAUUUGGGAAUACUUGCACGAAUGAACAUUAAAGUACUAGCGAAAGCAUAAAGAAAGACAUUUAUAUAUUAUUUAAAGGAAUUUUUUUUAUCUUGUUCUUCACUUCUGUUAAGUCCCUGAUUCCUUUAUAUAAUGAAGCGUAGAGCUAUUUUAGAAGCAUUCCAAGGAUCGGACGAUGAAGAAGAUGCUUUAAAAGACCCUCAGUUUAUUACUGGACUAAAUAAAGAUGGUGACAUUGAAUACAAAGACAAGGAGAUUCAACAAGCCCAUUUUGAAAGAAAGAAUCCCAAAAUCAUUCAUGUCCCAGCAAAUAAAAGUUGGCUAGAAGACAGGAAAAAAAGAAUUGAGCAACAAAGAAGUAAAAAAGAAACCGAGAAUGCUCCUGAACGGCUUCCUGAAAUUGGCUUAAAUUACGGUCUUAACGUGAAACAGUCUGCCGUGGAAUUAACGAAACUAGAAGAUACGGACAGAUUCUCCAAUGUUGAAGCAAGAUCUGUUGUUUCUUCUGUAUCAGAUCAGGAAGCAAACAAAAAAGAAGAUAACCCUAAUAUUCCAUUGGAAGUGAAAAUGAUUUUGGAAAAUCAAAAUGGUGAAAAUGCACUUUCAGACUCAUCACAAGCUAAGAUAAUAUCUAAUCAAGCAGAGAACGAAAGAGAGAUGUAUAACCGUGAUAUUGAGUUGCUACCGGAUUCUUCCAAUUUAAGAGAUUAUGCUGAUAUACCCGUAGAAGAUUUCGGUGCUGCGAUGCUUCGUGGCAUGGGAUGGAAUGGUAAACUUUCUUCGAAAGAAGCAUUUGAGGUUAAUCGCCGCCCGACGUUUCUUGGAAUGGGCGCAAAGCCCAUGGAUCUGGGAGUUCCUGAAGUAGGAAGCUGGGGAAAACAGGACCCAAAAAAGACAAUGUUUUUGCCUGUUAAAGCUGUUGGGGAUAAUUCGACUGAAAAAAGCAAUCACAACACCCAAGUUGAAAGUGUACGUUCUUCAUCGUCUGUUUCCCCUCAAAGAGAAAGAGAAGACAGAAGGCUUUCUCCUUCCGUUGGUCGCAGGACAGCAAGAAGCCCUUCUCCUUCGCGUUCGUCACGACAUCGAAAACAUUAUUCGUCAAGUAGUGAAAGGGUACGAGAUUACGAUACAUAUUCUUACCAUAGACACCAUAGUAGAGAUGAUCAUACCUAUAGAGAAAGAAAGAGGCGAGAUCGAAUUUCUGAUUAUGAUCACCGGCGUAAACGAAGAUAAAAAACUACAGGGAGGGAAACUUCAAGGCUAUAGUAGAUAUAGCUGACUUUUGGGCUACUCUCAUGGAAUGGAUUUGCAAUAGAAAAAUCUCUUUGAUGAUUACUAUUUACGUUUAUGAAUAGAAAUUAUUAAUGCUUGAUCGUAAUAAUAACAAUUAUGAAUUCAUGAACCUAACCAUAGAUCAAGAAAGAAAAACAAAGUAAAC